AUGCUUUAGUCUUUAUUAAAUUGUUUUAAAAAGUAACCAAAGUUUAGUAUGGAAAGAGAUUAUGGAAAGGAUAUUUUAUCUUCUGUCUAAGAUAUUUUACCAUUUUACUUUUAGAAACAUUAUUAUAACAAGUAAAAUUAUUUAGAAUUAGUAAGUCAUAAAGAAUUGUAAGCAACAAAUGAUAUAAAUAGAUUAAGCUAAGAAUAAGGAAUGUUUUCACCAAAUCCAUCUUAAGCAAACAUACGUUUAAACUUUUUAGAAAAUGUUGAUGAACAGUUUUUAAAAAAUGAGAAUCUUUAUUAUUGUUCAUUUUCAUUGGAUUAUUUUGGAUUGAAUAACAAAUUUAGACAAUAUUGCAUUUUAAUAAAUGAAUCUCGUGUUUUUUAAUAUGCUGUAUACAUAUUUGUAUAAUUUACAAACUAAUUAGACAUCAUUUUGUAUAAUAAUAUUGAUAAUUAAACCUUAUAAUAAUGAAGAGAGUGGAUUAGGAAUUAGCUUAAGUGAUGAUUAAAUAUCAAAUAUAAUAAUUACAGCAGAUAUAAUAUUUUCUGUUCAUUAAGUUAUAUCAAUAAUAUCGUAUGGGUAUAAAUAAAGAUUAUAUUUAAGAUUAUGGAGUUGUAAAUAUGGGUACUAUAGAAAUCCAAUAGCAUUUAUAAAUGGAAUAGCCUUAUUUUUUGCAUUAACUUUAAGACAAUCAUAUUUUUACUCUUUAAGAAUAUUUUUUUUAUUAGAGUAUUUUGUUCAAUAUAAAAUAUUAAGAAUAGUCAGAAAAUUUUGUUUAACAGUGGAACACUCAUUUAUUUCAAUUUUUUAUAUAACCAUAAUAAUUUGUUUCUUCUUUUAUGUAUUUUCAAUAGUUGGAUUGCAAAUAUGGACUGGAAUUUUAGGAAAUUAUUGCAUAAAUUAAAAUAAUGAAGUAGAUUCAUAUCCUGCUCGAUUAUGUGGAUAUGGAAGAAGUUGUGCUGCUGGUUAUGAAUGUUAAUAAGGUUAUUAUGAAUAGCCAUAUAUUUAAUAUUCACAUAAUUUUACUAAAUUUGAUUAUCUUUAAUAAUCAAUGGCUACUUUAUUUAUAGUACAUUAUAUUGAAGGAUGGGUAGAAAUAGAAUAAAAUUUAGCUGAUUCAUUUAAUAAAUAUUUGAGUACAGGUUAUUUAUGGACUUAUAUUUUUAUAAGUUCAUUUUUUUUAUAAAAUUUGAUUGUUGCAAUCCUACUUAAAUAAUCUCAAUAAGAUAUGCAUUUAGAUGACCCAAUUCAACCAGUUUUAUAUUUUAACAGUCAUACUAAAAUCUCUCUAUCAAAUGAUAAAAGAAGAACUGUUUUUUAAAGUCCAAAUUAUCUUAGUCAAAGUAAACAUAGAGUUAUGACUAUGAUUAUGAAUUCAACUAAAAGAAGUAGUGAAUAAAGAAAAAUCAGAAUAUUUAUAAAAUCUAUUUUGGGAUCCAAAAUUACUAGAUAUUUUUAUAGCAUAUUAUUUUUAGCUAAUCUUGUUGUUUUAUCUCUAAAUGAUGAAUCUGCAUAUAAUAAUGGUUUAGAAGGAACAUUAGCUAAGGUAAAUGUCUUUUUUCUGGUAAUUUAUUUAAUCGAAGACAUAGCAAGAAUUUAUAUAUGGAAAUAGAAGGAAAGCAAAGUAAUACUUGUAAUGGAAUUUUUAUGUGAUUUUAUAUGUUUAGUAGUUUAAUUAAAUUAAUUAGGACAUCCAUUCAUUUUAAAUACAAUUAAAGGAAUAAGAUUAUUAUGGGUUUUUAAUUAAUAAACUAGUUGGUCAAAUUAUAGAGUUUUAUUAUCAGCACUUUGGAAAUCCUUUAAUAAUAUACCAAUAAUGAUUUUAAUAUUAUUUGUUUAUGGAUUAGUUAUAGGUUUAAUGAGUAGAAGCUUUUUUGCGGGAUAAUUAAGAUUUAAUGAUUAAGGAUAUUAUGAUUUGAAUGGUUCAUAUGUACCAAGAGCUAAUUUUGAUAGUAUGAGAGAAACAAUCACAUCAUUAUUUAUAAUAAUAUGUUCAGAUUAAUGGUAAACUAUAUAUUAUACAACUUUGGUAACAAAAUCUUGGAUUCCAUAUGUCUUUUUUAUUUUUGUUUAAUUUAUAUGUAAAUUUUUUAUCCUUCCUUCAUUUUUGACUUUAAUGCUUGAUAAUUAUGAAGAUGCAAAAAAUGAAGCUGAUCUUUCAAAAGCCAGAGCAGCAAAAGUUAUUUCAACAAUGUAGAAUAAAUCUAGAAUAGUACCUACUAAAGAAACUUCAUUAUUAUAAGUUACUACUCCAUUAACUGAAAGGAAACGUUUUUUUGGAAGAUUGUCUAAAGUAUCUGAUGAUAGUGAAAAAGAAGAAAAUCAAUCUAAAUCACAUUCUUUAUUAAAAAGAUCACAAUCUAAAUUUUAUUCAGUUUAAAUUUUAAAAAUUGAUGAAGAUUCUUAAGUAUAGUCUUAUACAUUUUCAACUAAGAAUUUGAAAUAAUACUUUAUUAACUCCUCAAUUUUUAUUCUACAUAAUAAAUCUAAUACAAGAAAAAGAUUACAUUAUCUUAUACAAUAAAAGUAUUAUGAUUGGAGUAUGAGUUUUAUAAUUUUGUUAAAUUUAAUUCUAUUAGAAUAUGAUAGACCUCUCAGAUAACAUAAUUUAACAAUAGAUGUAUUUAAUUACAUAUUUACUGGUAUCUUUAUUUUAGAUGCCCUUAUAAAAAUAUUAGCUCAAGGAUUCUAUUGGAAUAAAUUAGAACCUCAAAAAUCUUAUAUAUUGAACAAUAACAAUCAAUUAGAUUUUGUAAUUCUUAUUAUUAGUUCUAUUGAUGAUCUAAAUAUAUAUAAGAAUUAAUAUCUAAAAGCAUUUAGAGCUCUAAGGACUCUAAGGAUUUUGACAACACUUCGAGUAAUUUAUUUUGAUAUAUAUAGAGAGGUUCAUAAAAUGAAUAACUUAAUUUAAUUUCCAGAUCUUUAUUAUAAACUAUUUCAUUGCUUUCAUCAAUGAUUUUUGUUACUGGAAUAAGUCUAUGGAUUUUAAGUAUAAUUUGUAUGACAAUAUGGAAGGGCAAACUUUACUUUUGUUCUCAAGUAUCACUUAAGGAUUUUGAAAACAUCAUUACCCUAGAGGAUUGCUUAGCUAAAGGUGGCUAAUGGAUUAAUAAUAUCACCAAUUAUGAUACAAUUUAAGAUUCUUUGCUUUGUCUCUUUAGAUUAAUUAUUGGAGAAGGGUGGACUUAACAAAUGUUUAGUGUUUCUGACAUCACUGACAGAGGACUCAAUCCUAAAAUUAAUUCAUCAUCUUAAUAUUAGUUAUUCUUUUAUGUAUUGAUCUUCUCACUCAAUAUUGUAUUGCUUAAUCUAAUCACUGGUUUGAUUAUUAAUAAUUACAGAACUAUUAAAGAAAACAUAGCGAAUUUUUCAUAGUUGAAUGAAUACCAACGCUAAUGGAUACAAAUGAUGUAAAUAAUGUAAAAGAAGAAAUUAAUUAAUCUAAUACCUAAGCCAUAAAAUAAAUAUAGGCUAUUUUGUUAUCAUUUGGCUAAUAAUCAUUAUUUUGAGUCGAUCAUCUUAAUAUUUCUUUUAGUGAAUCUAAUUUUGUAAUAAUUCAUCAUUAUCUAGUUGCUCAUCUUAUAGUGGAAAGCAAGAUUCGACUACUUAAGAAGCAUUAUACGGAAUGAAUAUUUUCUUUAUUGUGAUUUUUCACAUAGAAUUAGUAAUUAAAUUAUUAGCAUAUUGGGUACAUUUCUUUCGAGAUAUACUAAAUAAGAUUGAUUUAAUAAUCUUGAUAAUUACUGAUAUUUUAUUGAUUCUGAAAAAUAACUUUGAUUUACCUAGACUUUAUACAAUUCCUUUGAUUUUAAGAUCACUUAGAAUUAUACGAGUAAAUAGAAUAUUUAAAUAUAAUAAAUAAUUGAGAGUUCUAAUUGAUGUAAUAUAGGAUUUGAUACCAACUUUAUUUAGUGUUAUUGUAUUUAUAGCAAUUACUAUAAUCAUUUACUCACUUAUAGGUGUUUAAGCAUUUUCUACUAUUUGGAGCACUUCAUCUGAUCCUCAAUAUCCUUAUACAAUGGAGGAAAAUUAAAGGACGAAAUCCUUUUCAAAUUUUUUAGAUGGAAUUUUAAUCUUAAUUGAUAUAUCAACUGGUUAAUAUUGGUCAUUGUACAUGGCAGAUUAUACUAUUGAUUCUCAAGGAUGUCAUACUUAAACUCCUGAAGACUUUUAGUUAGAAGGAGCUAGAGGUUGUAGUACAUAUUUUGGUUACUUUUUCUUUAUUAGUUUUCUAGUUUUAAUAAGAAUAAUAAUGACAUCAUUGUUUUUAGCUAUGAUAAUUGAAUCUUAUUAAGAGUGUCAAUUAGAAAAUACAGCAGCUAUUAAUCCUUAUUAAUUAGAAGAUUUUUUACUUAAAUGGUCUGAUUAUGAUCCUUAAGGUACAGGUUGGAUUACACCAGAAGAUUUUGCAUUUUUAAUGUUUGAAAUUAAUCCUCCUUUAGGUUUUAAAGAUGAAAAUUCAUAAUAUUAUGAUUUUGCUGCCAGUAAUAUAAAUUAUAUUAUAUUUAGAAAAUUAGAAAUAGAAAUCUCAUAUUUAUAAUCACAAAAAAAAAAUGAGAUUAUUUAAAACAGAAAUCUUUCAAAAAUUAAGUGAUUAUUAAAUUUAAAUAUAUCAAAAUUAAAUGGUUCAUUUUAAAGACAUUUGCAUUUAAUUAGCCUAUAAUGCAAUAAAAAAGAAAAAUGAUCUAUUGGGUAUUGAAUAAAUUGAAGAUAAAAUUAUUUUACGUUAAAUUAGAAAAUCAUGGGAAUCCAGAUAUCCAGAUUUAAUUGGAAAAAAGGCUCAAUAAUUUGUAGUGGAUAUUUUUGCUAUUAAUUCCAUUACUGAUAUUUUAAGAGGGUAUUUAUGAACUAUAUUUAGAGUUAUCGAGAGAAGAAAAAUAAAAAAAAGAAUUAAAGAAAUGUUAAAAGAAAAAAACUUAAAAUAAUUAGAAAUUAAUGAAAAUGCAUAUAUUACAAAUAAAACAAUUAUUGAAAGAUACAAAGGAAGAAAAAAGAGUUAAAUAAGAAAAAGGGUAUUUCCAUUUGUUUAAAAUAAUUCAUUCAGAAGGAAUAAGUUUGUUGUGGAAGGAGAAUCUGCAUCUAUUCAUAAACAAAAGAAAACUGGUUAUCAAAAUUAAUCAUAAUAAUAAUAAUAAUAAUAAUAAAAUAAUGAAGAUAAAAGUUAGUUAUCAAAUUUGAAUUUUUAUAUUGAUCCUAAAGAAAUGUGUAAUGGAUUUCCUAUGAAAGUUGUAUAUGAAACCUAAAAAAUCGAUUUUCCUCCAAUUAAAUCUGAUAAAAGUUUAGGAACUAUUUAUUUAUCAUAAAGCGAAAAAUAAGGCAAAAAAGCAGGAGGCUACAUAUCUGAAAGAUGUUCUGAUGAAGAAAAUUAAUAAGAUAGUAUAAUAUAAAAUUUCUAGAAAAACGAUAUGUUUGAAUGA